AUGCAGGCCCCAACCGACAACGUGAAGCGGGACGACGUUUUUGCCAGGAUUGAUGAGGACGUCGACCUAACUAAAGUGCUGGCCGAUUUUGAUACCGAGCACAUCGAAGGUGUAGGCGUCAGUGAUAAGAAAGCACUGAAUGCUGCGAAGAAAAUCCUACGAGUGGCCUACAAGGAGAAGGCCAUGGAAAAGGCCCUGACCAAGGAAGAAAACGACACAAUAUCGAAAUUCUUUUCUGGAAAGCUCCCGUAUGACCAAAAUGUCUUGCAUGUACUCGAUCGAGCCUUGGACAAAACAAUCGACUACAUGGAAACGCAUGGCACUCACUUCGACGAGGAGACACAGCGCUUGGUCUGGAAAAGAGAAGCGGUAGUCCUGAAUAGUUUUGAGCUCUGA